AUGGGUGUGGAGCAUGACUCGGAAAUGAGUGAAUCUGAGAGUCUCCCUGCUGAUGUGGUGAAUGAAUUGGGUGCGCUGCUGUCUGACCGAGAGGAAGGGGGUAUGUCUGAUAGAGAGGAGGGGAUGGUGGGAAUGGGUGACCAUGAGCGGGUGGUGUCGGGGGAGCUGGGUAGAGAAGAGAAACAUAGGGUGGUGGGAAACGAAGGGCCGGAUUCUGUUCAGCGAGAGGGAGUGGUGGGUGAUAAGGUGGGUGGCAAGGGAGAGGUGGAGGCGGAGGGGAACCAGAUUCCUGUGAGAGGUGGAGAAAAGGGAAUUGCCGUUGAGAAGAACGGGGAUGGGACUGCCCCUGCUGCUGCUGCAUUUGCUGUUAGUGCUGCUUCCAAGCCGUUCCUCCCGUCCAUAAUGCGUUCCUCUGGAGCUCCCUUUGUCAUUCAAAUCGGUUCCGUGCCUCUCACUGUUUGGGGCCCUGCCCAACUGCCCGGGCAGAGUGAAAUUUCUGGAGCGUGCCCUGUGCCGGUGUUUCAGUUCGGGCAGAUUGGUGUGCCGGUGUCAGUGUCACCUCCUCUUCAUGCUGGCCCUCAAACCACUGGGCCUGAUGUUUCAGGGAUGGGCGUCCAAGGAGACAAGCAGCAGCAGAAUGAAGAUUCGGUGCAAAAGGUUGGGCAGGCACAAGGGCAUGCGCAAGGGCAGGCACAAGGGCAGGCACAAGGGCAGGCACAACAAGGGCAAGUACAAGCACUCGCAGCAGGGGGGCGUGGGAAAGGCAAGGGUAUGCUUACUACUGCCCCUUCUGUGCCUGGAAUGACUUCUCGACCCGGACUUGCAGCCUCGGCUGCUGGUGCGGUAAAUGGUCCGGUAGCUGGCUCGGUGACAGGUGCGGCAGCUGGUCCGAUGACAGGUUCGGCUGUAGCUCUGGGGGCUGGUUCGGCAGCAGGCACAACUCCUGCUUGGUUCGUUGCUCAGGGUGUGAGGGUUCAGGAAGGAAGGGCAGGGCAGUACGUGGAAGUGCAAGGGGCAGGGUAUUCUGAGAUUAGAGGGAGUGAUGGUGUGGUGGUGAGGACGAGGAUAGGAGGGAGGGGAGGCGGCGGUGAUAGAAGGAGGGGUGGCGGAAGGGGGAGGGGGGGAGAUGUGUUGGGGAGGCAGGUGGGGGAGAGAGGAGGGAAGGGUGGAGAGAGUGCGGGGAAGAGAGAGGAGGUGGGUGUGAGAGUUCAGGGUGUGACUGUAGUGCAGGGUGAUGGUAAAGGAGUGGAGGUGGACUGUAAUGCACAGGCUGCAGAUGCUGCUGACGGCGCAAGUGGGUUGCGGCAGCCAGGGUCCUCACCAGGGGGGACUGCUGGAUCUCCUGGGAGAACAGAGCAUCUGGCAGAUGCUGAGAGUGAAUUGGCUUCAGGUGCUUCUUCAGGUGUUUUUUCAGGUGGUUCCGACAGUGGAGCAUCAGAGGUGGAAGGUGCUUAUGAGAGUGCUGCUGCAACGAGUGAGUCUGAGGGGGAGGAGGUAGAGAAAGGGAGAGGGAAGCAUGGGGACGAGAGGGUCGAAGAGACGGAGCAGCAAGAGAAGGAGCCGAAGGCAGAAGUUAAGGAGGAAGCGGGAGCGGGCGAGAGAGCAAUGGAGAAACUCCAUAUGAAGGAACAGCAGCAGAAGCGCAAACACCCAGUCAACGCAAACACCACUGGGGUUGGUGUGGCCCUCCCUGCUACAACGGCUGUUACAGCUCCGGUUGAAACUGCAGUCACGGUUUCUAUUGCUGCUGCUCCUGUUGGUGGUGGUGGCGAGCAGAUCCCCCCUCCUCUUCCUGCCUGUGAGCAUGUGAAGUCCACUUCUGCUCUGCUUUCUGCGACUGCAUCAAGGGGUAACCCUGUAACGCAUGCUGUGCCAGCUUUGGCACCCCCUCCCAUGAUACUUGUCACUCCUCCCAUGGCUGCUCCGGUGGCUGCUUCGGUGGCUGCUCCGGUGGCUGCUCCGGUGGCUGCUUCGGUGGCUGCUUCGGUGGCUGCUUCGGUGGUGGUUGCUUCGGCGGUUGCUCCGGUGGUUGCUCCGUUCGGGCAGGUGGGUCAGCCCAUGCAAGCAGGCAUUGGCCAGACAAAUUUCGGGCAGGUUGGAAGUGUGGGGCAGGUGGGAGUGGGGCAGGCAGGAAUGGGGUUCCCUAUGUCACAGUAUGGCCGAGGGGUAUUUGACGAGAAUGCAAGCAUUCAAGCACACAUGGGGCAUCAGCAGCAGCAAUCAGUGCAGGAGAAGAAAGAGGAGGGAAACAGAGGGGUAGUUGCAAUGGCUCCGCCAGCCACCGCGAAAGCUUCCAGUGAGGCUCAGCCUCAAGAAGGUGCGAAGAGCCACGUGCGGCGGGACCUGCUGUUGCAGAUUCAGGCGGCCGUGCAGAAGCAGUGGGAGGAGGAGAAGGUAUUUGAAGCCGCGGCCAAGGAGGGAUCAGCUGCAGGGUCUGGUCCGCGGGAUGACCGCUUUUUUGGCAACUUCCCUUACCCCUACAUGAACGGGCUGCUGCACCUGGGCCAUGCGUUCACUCUCUCCAAGGUGGAGUUUGCAUCGGCGUACCACCGGCUGCGGGGAGCCAACGUGCUGUUCCCCUUCGGUUUCCAUUGCACCGGCAUGCCCAUCAAGGCAUGUGCGGACAAGCUAGCGCGGGAGAUGGACACAUAUGGCUACCCUCCCCAGUUCCCCAGCGAGGAGGAAACGACGGCUCUGGAGGCGCUCUCCAUUGCGGAGGGCAGCGCUGCUGCAGAUGGGGGGGGUGGGGCAGCCGCGGACGGGGCUAAGGGGGAGGAGCAGAAGGCCCCUGGGCAGUUCAAGGGGAAGAAGUCCAAGGCAGCUGCCAAAACAGGGACGGCUAAGUACCAGCAACCUAUGCCGAUGAUGACAUGGACCAUUCAUGAUCUUAUAUGCGUCUCAACCACUCUCACCACACAUCCACCGUCCCUUUUCUCACCCCUUCUCACCUCUUCCAACCCCAUCUCACCCCCUGUCGCCCCUUCCCACACCUUCCGACCCCCUCCCACCCCUUCUCACCACCAGUGGGAGAUCAUGCGGUCGAUGGGCAUGUCAGACGAAGAGAUCAAGCCUUUCAGAGACCCCGCGCAUUGGCUCACCUACUUUCCCCCCAUUGCCGUGGACGAUCUCAAGGCGUUUGGGCUGGGAGUGGACUGGCGCCGCUCUUUCAUCACCACCGACAUGAACCCAUAUUAUGACUCGUUCGCUCGCUGGCACCUGCAGUCUCUCUACAACAAGGGCAAGGUGGUGAAGGACCGCCGCUACACCAUCUUCUCGCCGCUUGACGGGCAGCCAUGUGCCGACCAUGACAGGGCGUCAGGGGAGGGCGUGCUUCCCCAGGAGUACACGCUCAUCAAGAUGCAAGUGGUCCCGCCGCUCACAGGCAAGCUCGAGGCUCUUGCGGGCAGAAAUGUUUAUCUUGCCGCUGCCACGCUGCGUCCGGAGACCAUGUACGGGCAGACAAACGCUUGGGUGCUGCCCGACGGGCAGUAUGGCGCGUUUGAAGUGAACGAAGCCGGAGACGUGUUUGUCGUGACCAAGCGAUCAGCUCUGAACCUCUCCUACCAGUUCCACUCCAAGGAGUUUGGCAAGCCCAACUGCCUGCUGGAGCUGACGGGGCACGACCUGAUUGGGCUGCCUCUCAAGGCGCCUCUGACGCCCAACCCGGUCAUCUACGCCCUCCCUAUGCUCACCAUCCUCACGGACAAAGGCACGGGAGUGGUGACGAGUGUGCCCAGCGAUGCACCGGACGACUACAUGGCUCUGCAGGACCUCAAGAGCAAACCAGCCCUGCGAGCCAAGUUCAACGUGAAGGACGAGUGGGUGCUGCCCUUCGAGGUCAUCCCCAUUAUAAACAUCCCCGAGUUUGGUGACGCAGCGGCAGUCAAAGUGUGCCAGGACCUCAAGAUCCAGAGCCAGAACGACAAGGAGAAGCUCGCCGAGGCUAAGAGACUUACUUACCUCAAGGGUUUCACGGAUGGAGUGAUGCUGGUGGGCGAGCUCAAGGGAACCAAGGUGCAGGACGCCAAGCCGCAGAUCAAGAAGCUUCUGGUUGAACGAGGUGAAGCAGUGCCAUACAGCGAGCCAGAGAAGCGAGUAACCUCACGAUCAGGCGACGAGUGUGUGGUGGCGCUGACAGACCAGUGGUACCUCACGUACGGGGAGGAGCAGUGGCGUGCGCUGGCAGAGGAGUGUCUGGCGGGCAUGCAGCUCUACAACGAGGAGACUCGGCACGGGUUUCAGCACACGCUGGGGUGGCUCGAUAGGUGGGCGUGCUCGCGCUCCUUCGGCCUGGGCACGCGCAUCCCAUGGGACCCGCAGUUCCUCAUCGAGUCGCUGUCUGACAGCACCAUCUACAUGGCCUACUACACACUAGCGCACAUCCUGCAGGAGGGCGACAUCUUUGGCACGUCAGGCAAGCAGAGCAUCAAGCCCGAGCACCUUUCCCACGCCCUCUGGGACCAUCUGCUGCUGGGCGCGCCCAAGCCCGCCGACUGCGCUGUUCCUGACGACCUUUUGCAGGUGAGGGAAGCUGGUGGGGUAUUGCAGUCCAGCAGGGGAGCCAUCUCUUCUGUCAGGUUACUUGUACCACCAUGCUGCCCUCUGGGACCCUCUGCUGCUGGCCGCACCCAAGCCCGCGUGACCUCAAACCUGACGUCAAACCUGACCUCAAACCUGACAUCAAACCUGACCUCAAAUCUGACGAACGUCAAACCUGACCUCGAACCUGACGUCAAACCUGACCUCAAACCUGACCUCAAACCUGACCUCAAACCUGACCUCAAACCUGACCUCAAACCUGACCUCAAACCUGACGUCAAACCUGACCUCAAACCUGACCUCAAACCUGACGUCAAACCUGACCUCAAACCUGACCUCAAACCUGACCUCAAACCUGACCUCAAACCUGACCUCAAACCUGACCUCAAACCUGACGUCAAACCUGACGUCAAACCUGACCUCAAACCUGACCUCAAACCUGACCUCAAACCUGACCUCAAACCUGACGUCAAACCUGACCUCAAACCUGACGUCAAACCUGACCUCAAACCUGACCUCAAACCUGACGUCAAACCUGACGUCAAACCUGACGUCAAACCUGACCUCAAACCUGACGUCAAACCUGACCUCAAACCUGACCUCAAACCUGACCUCAAACCUGACGUCAAACCUGACGUCAAACCUGACGUCAAACCUGACCUCAAACCUGACCUCAAACCUGACCUCAAACCUGACCUCAAACCUGACCUCAAACCUGACCUCAAACCUGAUAUCAAACCUGACCUCAAACCUGACCUCAAACCUGACCUCAAACCUGACCUCAAACCUGACCUCAAACCUGACCUCAAACCUGACCUCAAACCUGACCUCAAACCUGACGUCAAACCUGACGUCAAACCUGACCUCAAACCUGACGUCAAACCUGACCUCAAACCUGACCUCAAACCUGACGUCAAACCUGACCUCAAACCUGACGUCAAACCUGACCUCAAACCUGACCUCAAACCUGACCUCAAACCUGACGUCAAACCUGACGUCAAACCUGACCUCAAACCUGACGUCAAACCUGACCUCAAACCUGACCUCAAACCUGACCUCAAACCUGACGUCAAACCUGACGUCAAACCUGACGUCAAACCUGACCUCAAACCUGACGUCAAACCUGACCUCAAACUUGACCUCAAACCUGACCUCAAACCUGACCUCAAACCUGAUAUCAAACCUGACCUCAAACCUGACCUCAAACCUGACCUCAAACCUGACCUCAAACCUGACCUCAAACCUGACCUCAAACCUGACCUCAAACCUGACCUCAAACCUGACCUCAAACCUGACCUCAAACCUGACCUCAAACCUGACCUCAAACCUGACCUCAAACCUGACCUCAAACCUGACCUCAAACCUGACGUCAAACCUGACCUCAAACCUGACCUCAAACCUGACCUCAAACCUGACCUCAAACCUGACCUCAAACCUGACCUCAAACCUGACCUCAAACCUGACCUCAAACCUGACGUCAAACCUGACCUCAAACCUGACCUCAAACCUGACCUCAAACCUGACCUCAAACCUGACCUCAAACCUGACCUCAAACCUGACCUCAAACCUGACGUCAAACCUGACCUCAAACCUGACCUCAAACCUGACCUCAAACCUGACCUCAAACCUGACCUCAAACCUGACCUCAAACCUGACCUCAAACCUGACCUCAAACCUGACCUCAAACCUGACCUCAAACCUGACCUCAAACCUGACCUCAAACCUGACCUCAAACCUGACCUCAAACCUGACCUCAAACCUGACCUCAAACCUGACCUCAAACCUGACCUCAAACCUGACGUCAAACCUGACCUCAAACCUGACCUCAAACCUGACCUCAAACCUGACCUCAAACCUGACCUCAAACCUGACCUCAAACCUGACCUCAAACCUGACGUCAAACCUGACCUCAAACCUGACCUCAAACCUGACCUCAAACCUGACCUCAAACCUGACCUCAAACCUGACCUCAAACCUGACCUCAAACCUGACGUCAAACCUGACCUCAAACCUGACCUCAAACCUGACCUCAAACCUGACCUCAAACCUGACCUCAAACCUGACCUCAAACCUGACCUCAAACCUGACGUCAAACCUGACCUCAAACCUGACCUCAAACCUGACCUCAAACCUGACCUCAAACCUGACCUCAAGCCUGAUAUCAAACCUGACUCCAAACCUGACGUCAAACCUGACCUCAAACCUGACCUCAAACCUGACCUCAAACCUGACCUCAAACCUGACGUCAAACCUGACCUCAAACUUGACCUCAAACCUGACCUCAAACCUGACGUCAAACCUGACCUCAAACCUGACGUCAAACCUGACCUCAAACCUGACGUCAAACCUGACCUCAAACCUGACCUCAAACCUGACCUCAAACCUGACCUCAAACCUGAUAUCAAACCUGACCUCAAACCUGACCUCAAACCUGACGUCAAACCUGACGUCAAACCUGACCUUUAA